UACUUUUUAAAAUAUACAUUUAAUAUACUAAACAAAACAAUAGCAAAUUAUAUGAAACAUCAUCUAUCAUUUUUUUCUUGCAAUAUAAAUUUGUAAACAACUUCUAUUUCUUCUCUAAGUUAGCACGUGGUUUGACCGCGUGGCGUUGUUUGGUCGCCAUUUUGUGUGUUUUUUGGCGGAGUGCAGAGGGAAGUGUAUGGGGCUUUGAUCGCACAAUGAGCGAUGAAGACAGAGAUGUCGACGUAGAAAGUGAUGGGGAAGACGAUGAUGGGAGUAUCUAUGGGAUAGCCGACUCCCCGACCUCAGGAUCCCAAUCAUCAGGUCCAUUUUUUGAUCAGGCAGAAAAGCGAGCCCAUCAUAAUGCUUUGGAAAGGAAGAGACGUGACCACAUCAAGGAGAGUUUUCACAGUUUGCGAGAUGCAGUCCCGUCUUUGCAUGGCGAAAAGGUACAUAAUCAAAUUUCAAGGGCUCAGAUACUAAAGAAAGCUGCAGACUAUAUUCAGUUCAUGAGGCGGAAAAACCACAGUCACCAGCAAGAUAUAGACGACCUGAAGAGACAGAACGGUAUUUUAGAACAACAGAUUCGAGCCCUGGAAAAGUCGCGGACAACUGGUCAGUUUGUGUCCCAGCCCUCGGGGGCAGUUAACCCAAAAGGUGGUCAGAUCUCGGCAUUUGAUGGCGGUUCCGAAUCUGAGAGCUCCGACAUGGAGGAUGCAGCUCGUAGCAGGAAUAAAAAAAUAAAAGUAGAACCCAGCUGAGAGUUGUCGAGCCUUCAUCUGAGGCAGCACAAACGUAUAUAACAUUGUAGUAUGUUUCUGUCACUUUCAUCAUCUAUUACGAGCCCUCGUUUGGGGGCAAGGUUGAGAUGUUUUAGGGCAUCAUUCGUCUGUUAAUUAAUCCUAGAAGUUGGAAGAUUUAACAAGUACUGUGCAAGCCCUGAACAUUUGAAACUGUGUGUGAGAGAGUGGAAAAUUAGCAUAAGUAUGUUAACUUGAGUAAAAGAAAGUGAGUGUGUGUGUGUGUGAGGAGAUACGUAAUAAUCACUCCCACUAGCUGCUAUUACAUGCCAAGACUACUGCUCAUUACUAAGAUCCCAUCUGUGAUAUGGUAGAAAUAGCCUAAUAGUCUGGCAAUUAAACAACCCUGUUUGGGACAAUGGAUUUGAAAUGCUGAUUACAUCCAGCAAGUGAUAUUAUUAUCUAAUGGUCUUAUGUCUUGACGGUUGAUAGUAAAUCAAUACUGCAAACAGGUGAAAACAAACGAUCGCCUAUUUCUGGAAUGUCCUGUCAUACCGGUGAUAUUUGCAUAAAUAGAUAAUUGUUUUACCAAAGAGGUUUGGGUUUUUUUGUUGGUGCAGGCAGCCAUCUUUGCUUAAGAGUACAGACCACUGAUGUUGCCAGUGAAAUCACUGAGUCUUAAUAUGCCAUGAAGUAACAACUCCCUGUUGUGGGUAGAACUCUUUUGAGAAGCCACAGUUUGUGCCCACGCUGUGUUUGACAAAUGUUUGAGAAAGUCACUAGUCCUCACAGAAGCUUUGGCUAGUGUCUUAUGUAUUAUAGUAAUAGAGUGGAUCAUUUCCACUAGCCCAGACCAAACAUUCACUAGCCGGAACCGAGGACUAGUGGACAGGCAUGCUUGACAGUUUUCUGAUGGAAGUAUGCCAAUUGGUCUCCUUGUCCAUACCCAAUAACCACAGUUUCUACAUCAGUUUGUGGUUCUCUACCAAGAUGUUGUUGAGAGUUCACUACAGAAUAGUAGUCUUGGUUUGUAAAGCUGUCUAUUUACCUGAAUGAUUGGAAUUCUGUAUAUACAUGGAAAACGUUGAAGAUGCACCCUUGUGAAUGUAUCUUCAUUACCAAGUAUUCCCUUGCUAACUGAAAGCUGAAAGAAUAUGUUUUUUAUUUGUUGAUCACUUUCCUUUUCUAUCUCCUUGUGUGUUGUUUUCCAUCCAAGCAUAUUGGACCAAUGUGAUGUUACCCUUUUAACUGUUAGAAUUUAAGAGUUAAUGACUAAUGAUGCAUCGGCAUCAACAUCAUUACUCAUAGAUUAAAUAAUUUUACUUUAUAUGCAUUAAAUAUAUUUACCAUAAAGAAUUAAUGUGAGUGCUCCCAACUCUACAUUAUUUGUAUCUGGAACAAAGAGUUAUUUGUUUAAUAUUUAUAUGAAAUAUUUGCUGAAUUUUGUCCAUAAAUGUGCAUUCACUUGCUGAGCGAGUUUGAAAUGAAGCGUAUGGUCUAAAGGGGCUGUCACAUCAGCAUACACUGUUGCAUGUCGUUUUCUUGAAACUGUUGACACAAAGCAUACAACAUUGUUUCAUAUAGUUCCAGUUGCAUUGGUAAUAUGAGUAAUACAAUAAAUUGUUUCAUUUCUUCCAUAAGAAACUGGUAUCAGUACUACUAUAGAGUGAAAUUCAUGCUUGCAAAGAGUAUGUCCAACACCCAUAUGCUGAAUAGGUUUAUGGUCAUACGAGAGAAAUUGUUUCAUAUUAUAGUAGGCACUUGUUACACUCAAGUCUCUACAUGUUCAUGGUGUAAGUCAAUAAAGCCAGAUGUGUCUGUCUAAUGUACACACAAUGUUUUCGAACCAAGUUUGUCAGUUUUGCCUAUUGAACAUUCUAAAUUGCCUUCGUACUAGGAAACGUACAACAAUGCAUGCUUGUGUGACAGCCUCUUACGGAUUUUAAACUUGGUUGUUUGAAAUUUGUUUUGUUAUUUAAAUUAGCAAGUUACUCCACCCACUCCCAAUUUUGAAAAAUUAUUUGUAAAACCCAGUCAUUAGUUAAAAUUAGUUUAAAUCGGUGCCACUUAAGUCAGAACAAACAAUUAAGUGAAAUGGGUCAAAUCAUGUAAUUAUGGAUAUAUUGUUAAGGAUCAUGACACGUAAGAGCUGCUACAUACAUAUGUAUACACAUAGAUGUGUGCGUACAAACUGUUUUAUCAUCAUCAGCCACACAAUAUUAUACAUAGAGCUGGGCGAUAUACUAUAUGUACCGUUCAGUAUCGGUAUCAUGUCGAUACCAAUUUACCAUACCAAGCAAAUUUUAAAAUAAUGAAAUUUCGGUAUUGAAAUAAGUUUUCCUCCAUUUGGUAAAGCACGAAUAAUUUAUCUGACAAAUGCAAAAUGGGUUAGGUAUAAAUUGGACAAGAGCCUUGUGUAUGGAAUUUAAUUUUAUUUAGAUGAAAUUAGCAGGUGAGCCUCAACUCGGGCAUGCAUUUAAAGCCGAGUAUUCCGAAAUUACCACUCGAUAUCGGUGUUGGUAUUGUGUCAAUACUGAAUACUGUACCGAUACUGAGGUAAAUUACCCCCCAAAAUAUGAAUAUCGAUGCCAAAUUUCAAUACCGCUCGGCUCUUGUUAUACAUCUACGAGCAGUUGGGUCCAUGCAUAACCAUGUAAACUUCCAUUGUAAGCUUGCCAUUGUUUCUGAUAGUAAAAGUAUACAAUGUUGAAUCAUUGGUGACUGUUGAACUACAAAUGGUGUACUGUAAAUCUGUGAUGUGACUUGGGGGUGUGUACGAUAAGAGGCUACUGCUGCUGUUGCCUUCCAUGUUGUGUAUAUUUUGUACGGUGUACUUCAUUUUAUGCAACGUCCACGUGACCCGUGAUCUCUGUAUUUAUUAUUUAAUGUCUGCAACUGAGGGGCAGUGGCAUUUUAUUUUUAUUUUUAUUUUUUAUUUUGUUUUCUUUUUUCAUUUGCUCCAUUGACUGAAGUUUUACAUGUUUGUGAAAACAUGUAGUUCUGUUUUCAUCCACUUUUUAAGCUGGACCAAAAACUGUUUUAGCAAUUGGGCUAAAAUGUAUUUUAAAUUGUUAUGCUAAAUUUGGUCACUCAAUUUUCUUCUUUUUUUAAAAGCCAAAAUGAAACAAAAAUGCUUUUUAAAUAUGUGGUCCUUAAAGUAGUUAUUUGGUAAAUGUGUUAUAUAUUUUACCAAAUUCAGCUUUGUUUUGUACCCAUCAAGUUGGCAAAUGUCAGACUGUAUGACAAUAACUGGUCAUAGUGCUAAGGAUUACUGAAAUGUUUGUUAGUGUUACCAAUAGGGCAGACACAGUUUCCAUCUAAACUGGCCACUGACUUGUCUAGAAUAUUGUUUUGAAAUAUGGGGCAGAAUAAUACAUCUGGAAAUAAAUUUGUUUUAUUCAGACAAGUGGAUUAUGAAUUACUUUUGAAAUUUGGUUAAUAUGCAUAUUUGUGGUAUGGUUACUAGUAUAACUAUAGAGAGAUGUACUAAUAGCUUAUUUUCUGAAUAAUUAAUUUUUUACUUAGAUUGUGGAUGUUGUAAAUUGAUCCUUUUUUUUUUUUUUUUUAAAGUUUGCACAAAAAUGAGGAGAGAAACAUUUGUUAGAAAAUGUGCUUUAAUAUGUUUGGUGCAGGCAGGUUAAGAGUAUAAAUGAUCACAAUGCUUUAAUAUGUUUGUUUGAAGUUGACCCUGCUUCUUGACUAAGAUGUAAAAGAUUGAAUGUGCUCAGUUGAUUUUGAUUAGAUGCAAAACAAAAAGUUGAUAGAUGUUGAAUUGGUUCAUUCGCCCUUAUUAUGAGCACCUCUUAAACUGACAGCACUACUGUCAAAACCAUCAUCAUCAUCACCCACUGUUUGAUGUAAGGAUGGACAACUAAAUGGCUCAAAAUGCAAAACUUGUGUUUCUGUGAUAGUGAACAAAGGUAUAUGCAUGUAUAUGCAUGCAGAUACAAGUUUCAAAAAUAAAACAGUUGUAUAAAUAUCACCUGUAGAAACAAAAUUAAAGCUGCAAUCUUAAGUGUGUUUUCAACAUUUAAGCACGUAGAAUAGAAUCAUCCUUUUGAAGCCGGUUUAAGAGUUUUCCCUCCGCCCCUCCACACACCCCAAUGUAACAUUCUUCAUUUAUGUUGGUUGUUACCAACGGUCUAUGUUUACAGAAAAAUUAUACUUGGUCAUUAUGAAGCUCCAAAGAUGGGAUGUAAAGUUGAACAAUAUAUUAUAAAAAAUAGUGAUUUAACUUCUGUUACAUCAGGGCAGUUAAUAAUAUGUGUUGAGCAUAAAAUACACACAGUUAUUAAAACUUUAAGUGUGUUUGUGAUCUGUAUUAGUAACUGUACCUGAUGAUAGUGGUUGGUGCUGUGAGGUUGCAGCUUUAAGAACAAGGUCUUUCAGUGGUUGGUAAGUUGCCAACACAGGUCUGAAGAUUUCAGAAGUAUAUCAAGACUGCUGUACUGUAAUUUUGAUUGCAUUUUAUCCAGGUAUUUUUCAGAAACAAGUUAUAAUUGACAUUUUUGCUGUGAAGAUGUUUUUCUCUUCAUCUAAUGUUUUAAUGGGACAUUAUUGGAAAGAUAUUUUAAAGACAAUUAAUAUUGUUAAUGCCAUGUGGCAUCAGUUUUGAGUUGCUGUUAUUGGGCUCAUUGUUGCAGGCAUUUAGUAAUCCCAGUUUAUGAGUAGUAGUUGACUGAAGGACUAUUCAUACUUGUUGUGCUUGUCAUCAGAAGUGCAAUUUCCAUUCUUAGUCGACAUAUUUUUUAAAGUGUACAUUUACAUUUCGUUUUGGCAGAUUGCUUUUUAAAUGUUUAAACAAUUAAAGACCAUGACAUUCAGUUACCAAAGUCAGUUGUUGUGCCUGGCAUAUCAAACGACCUGGAGUGAAUACUCAGUUCUCUUUAAUGCCAUACUUGUCCCUCUUUCAGUUUGUUAGUGUCAGCUUGAACAAGUGCAAACAUUAUUCUGUCUGGUGAGUCCUGGUUUUUCUAAUCCUGACCAGAGUAUCACUGUGACCAUAAAGCAUAAAACUACAUAACAUGAUUUUUCUCAAGAAAAUGCAAUCCAGUGGUUGCCUAACAAUCUAUUCUGUUCAGUGCUUUAAACACAUAUAGCAUGCAGUUUGAGUCAAACCUGCAAGUUGGACUUUUAAAGUCUAUACUUAAGGUUUGUCUUUGUCAACAUGAAUCUUUAUCCUAUUUUACAAGCAUUUUUAAGUGAAGCAUAUGCAGGGGUUUUUUUAAAAGUAAUUAUCCUAAGCAAUUCAUAUUCCUAACUCUUGAAUAAGAGCUCUAUACUAAGUUAACCUUUUUUUUUUCUUUCUUCUUUUUUGUUAACAAAGGCAAGUACAUGUGAAUGUACUCAGUAUUCACUUUUUUGUCAUUUCAGAUAUUUGGUAGUUGGAACAUCAAACCUCUCCUCGGCUCCAACUUGCUCAAUGUUAUAUUAACAUUAGCUUCAAUUUCUUCCUUGUGUACUUAAAGAAUAUUACUUGUGACCAUUUUGUUAACUUAUUCCUCAUAACUGUCUUCAUGGUCAACCAGUUGCAAUCAAAAUGUAAUGUUUGAGAUCACAAUUGAUCAACGAUAUUUCUGUAAAUAUACCACAUCUAUGUAGAUUACAUGUGAUAUUAUA